AUGGCGAGCCGCACGGCACCGAACCAACACCUGGGCGACAAGCCGCAGUCACGCCGCUCAGGUAAAUCGCCUUCGCGCUCUCCUGCACGAGCGCCAGCACGAUCGCCCGCACCGAAUGGCCGGAAGCAACAGCAGCAGCCGCAGGCAGUCUUGGGCUACCAGUCCGAGGGCGUCCAAGACCAUGACAUCUUCAAGCUCCCGGGCUCUGACUGGCAGCUUCUGGCUCUCCUGAUAGCUGUCGCAAGUGUUGUGCGUCUGUUCAGGAUAGCUCAGCCUAGCAGCGUUGUCUUUGAUGAAGUCCACUUCGGUGGAUUCGCAACCAAGUACAUCAAGGGCAAAUUCUUCAUGGACGUCCAUCCUCCUCUCGCAAAGAUGCUUAUCGCAUUGACCGGCUGGCUGGGUGGAUUCGAUGGCAACUUCGACUUCAAGGACAUUGGCAAGGACUACCUUGAGCCAGGCGUACCAUACGUUACAAUGCGCCUGUUUCCCGCUAUCUGCGGUAUCCUGACGAUCCCUACCAUGUUCCUAACCCUCAAGGCUGCCGGCUGCCGCUCAACCACCGCAGCCUUGGGCGCAAGUCUCGUCAUCUUUGACAAUGCUUUGGUCACUCAGUCGCGUCUCAUCCUCCUCGACUCGCCCCUCAUCAUUUUCACCGCGUUCACCGCGCUUGCGUGGACAUGCUUCACAAACCAGCACGAACAGGGCCCAGCUAAGGCUUUCCAACCAACAUGGUGGUUCUGGCUGGCAGCGACUGGCCUUGGUCUGGGAGCUACAGCCAGCGUGAAGUGGGUGGGACUCUUCACCAUUGCAUGGGUCGGCAGCUUGACGCUUCUGCAGCUUUGGGUUUUGCUCGGAGACACGAGGACCGUCACUCCUCGAUUGUGGUUCAAGCACUUCUUCGCCCGUCUGUUCUGUUUGGUGGUCAUUCCCAUCUCCUUUUACAUGGCCAUGUUCGGUAUCCACUUCCUCUGCCUGGUCAACCCCGGCGACGGCGAUGGCUUCAUGUCUUCUGAGUUCCAGGCUACCUUGAACUCCAAGGGUAUGCAAGACGUCCCAGCCGAUGUUGCAUAUGGAAGCCGUGUCUCGCUCCGUCACUGGAACACACAGGGUGGCUACCUCCAUUCCCACAGCCACAUGUACCCAACUGGUAGCAAGCAGCAGCAGAUUACCCUCUACCCUCACAAGGAUGAGAACAACAUUUGGAUAAUGGAGAACCAGACUCUGCCAAUCAUGCCCGAAGACUACACCGGCCCAAACCUCACAAGCCCGAAGGCGUGGGAUGAUAUUGGCCCCUACAAUGUUGAGGAUGGCGGUGUCAUUAGGCUCUAUCACAUCACCACCGACCGUCGUUUACACUCUCACGAUGUCCGCGCCCCUGUCACUGAGGCUGAUUGGCAAAACGAAGUCUCUGCCUACGGCUAUGAAGGAUUUGAAGGCGAUGCCAACGACUUGUUCCGAGUUGAAAUUGUCAAGAAGCAGUCCGAUGGAGCCGAGGCGAAGAAGCGUCUCCGAACUAUCCAGACCAAGUUCAGGCUUGUGCACGUUAUGACAGGCUGCGUUCUCUUCUCACACAAGAUCAAGCUCCCUGAGUGGGGUUUCGAGCAGCAGGAAGUCACGUGCGCGCGUGGAGGUACUCUACCUAACAGCAUCUGGUACGUUGAGGGCAAUGUGCACCCUAGGAUGAACGAUACCGCCGAGCGUGUCAACUAUCGCAACCCUGGUUUCUUUGGCAAGUUCUGGGAGCUCCAGAAAGUUAUGUGGAGGACCAACGCUGGCCUUACUGAAUCGCACGCCUGGGACUCUCGACCGCCAUCCUGGCCUGUUCUCUCGAGGGGAAUCAAUUUCUGGGGUAAAUCUCAUCGACAAAUCUACCUGAUUGGCAAUCCCUUCAUCUGGUGGGUUUCGUCUAUCGUCAUCGGUCUUUACGCCGUCAUCAAGGGUCUCGCUGUUCUUCGAUGGCAGCGUGGUUUCCGUGACUACAACAACGUCACCUUCAAACGCUUCGACUAUGAAGUCGGCAUGUCCAUUCUCGGAUGGGCCUUCCACUACUUCCCAUUCUACCUUAUGGCACGUCAGCUAUUUUUGCACCACUACCUUCCGGCCCUCUACUUCGCGAUCAUGGCCUUCUGUCAGAUUUACGACUUUGUCAGCUACCGAUUCGACAUUUUCCGCCUUAGGAAAACUCCCGCCAUUGGCCAGGCGGCAGCUGUUGGUAUUCUUGCCAUUGCCAUCACCGUUUUCACCAUCUAUGCGCCUCUAGCCUAUGGCAACGCUUGGACCAAGAGCCAGUGCAACAGCGCUAAACUGUUCAACACUUGGGACUGGGAUUGCAACAACUUUCUCGAUUCAUAUGAUGCCUACAAUAGUCAAUCGACUGCAGUUCCGUCAAUUUCCGCGGUCCCUUCAUCCGCAGCACCCCCGCCGCCGGCACCUCCUGUCGCCGUGCCGAACCAGCAGCAGCCCGUCCAGCAGGAGAAGAAGGCUGAGGGAGAGGCAGUUGUUUCGCCACCACCUGAGGGUGCCCCAGCCGUGCCUGCAGAUCUCCCCGUCGUUUCAAAGGAGGAACGCGUUGAGUAUCGUGAUGAGAACGGUCGUAUCCUCAACGAGGACGAGGUUGAAGCUCUCGCUGGUAAGGUCAGUUUCAAGACCCGGUACGAGACACGAACCCGCAUCGUGGACGCUCAGGGCAACGAGGUCUACGAAGGCCUCGUCGACGCUCACGAGGCCUCUGAGGAGCAUGGUGUUGCACCCCCUCACCCCGAUGUAGAGGGCCGCAACCCUGAGACGCAGGAGGCUGGUGAGGCUGCCGAAGCCAGCGAUGUCCCUCCUACAGUCGAAGUUGUCGAGGACCAGAAGAAGGAGAAGAGCGUUGAGCGUAAGGCCAGUGAGGCUAAGCCUGCUAGUGAGCAGCAGGCUGCUACCCAGGAGACGGUGUAG